UGUCGAUGGGGGAAAAUGGCGUUAUGAGCAGCUCUAGACUGUAACAGAAGUGGGGCAGAAGAGUCAAGAGACAACAAUGAUUAACCCGCGUUUCUCGGUUUACCAAAUGACAGAAACGCCUAACCUGACAUUAGCCUAGACAUAGAGUUGCACACUCGAUUAUGUAAGGGCGCUUCACAGAUGGACAAAGACAGACUCGCAGCUGGUCCAUGCUCAUGGCUGGAUAUGCAGAAUUUUAUUGGUGACCUUAUGGCUGCGAAUGCUUCAGUCACUGGACAUCCACUGAGAGAGCAACGUACUGAGGAGACAGUGAGUUCUGCUUGGCUCAAAGUCUCUCAUCCUCCCCAGUCCACCCCAUCCAGACAGAGCCGGGUGAAAAGUGCUGUUCAGUUUGGUCUGCAUUCUGAGGAAAGGGAAAGGGAACUCAGACACCAUGAAAGCAAUGUUCAGCAUCGUGCCUGCACAUGUUCUGGCUGCCCUCUUUCCUCAUCUCCUUCUAGUUCCUCAGUCCACACCCUGAAACCCAGAACCAGCCCAGCCUCACAGAUCCAACCUCCUUCGUCUCCCCAAUCCACCCCACCGCAGCAGACCAAAGAACCCAGCCCUGCUCCUUUCAGCCUGGGCUUGUGUCUAGGUUUGGGUCUCUCUCUGGAAGAGGAAAACACAGAGCCCAGCAGCACAUCUGCUCACCCCCAGCAGGAAGACAAAGGCACUAGCACCCAUAGCCCAAUCCCUCAGGCAAAUUCCGAGUCCCCCGGUGUUCCACCAGUUCAGGCCUUUGCGUGUCUAUGCUGCCACCGUGGGUUUCAAACCUGUAGCCAACUUCUACGCCAACAAAAGGACCCAGAGGCACAUGUUUCCCAUCACCACUACCAUCACCACCACCAUCACUGCCCUCUCUCCACCUGCACGUCAUGUACGCUCCCGUCCUUUCCUUGCCUGUCCUGUCAGCGCACCUUCCCCACCUGCGCCCAGCUCCUGCGCCAUCAGCAGGGCCACACGCAACAGGAGGGCUUGCAGCAGCUCCCAUGCAUGCACUGCAAUGCUUCUUUCCCUCGGCCAUCGCAAUUGCUGCAGCACCAGCGAACCCAGCAUGCAUCCAAAGUGGGCGGCUUCCUGUGCGCCGAGUGUGGCCGUGCGUUCAACUCGCAUAGCAAUCUGCGCAUUCACCUCAACGUACACACAGGUGCCCGGCCCUACAGCUGUACCGACUGCGGAAAGAGCUUCAGCCAGUCCGGGGCGCUUAAGAUUCACCGGCGAAUUCACACCGGAGAGAGGCCGUACACCUGUACUUAUUGCGGGAGGGGUUUCCCUCACUUAGCUGGGGUGAGAGCGCAUCAGCGAAUUCACACGGGGGAGAAACCGUACCGCUGCGGUCAGUGUGGGAAGUGCUUUACUCAGUCCGGGGCUCUGAAGAUCCACACUCGCAUCCACACCGGCGAGAGGCCUUUCAUGUGCGGCCUCUGUGGGAAGAGUUUUUCUAACCGUUCUGGUAUUCGCUUUCAUCACCGCACGGUUCACGGGAUCGUGAUGGAGCCCAACUCGGUGGGCAGGCCUAGUCUGGCUGCCUCUGCAUCGUCCUCAGUUUCAGAUUUCCAGAGAAUUCAAGCCUCCGGUCUCAACCAGAUCCAUCUCCGGGAGAUGGAAGAGAGGAGUCCGCCCAGUAAAGUGCAGUUAAGAGGGGAUGGGGACAAAGAGGCCCUUCCGUAUGCCUGCGAGGACUGCGGUCAGCGUUUUCCAGAUGCUCCGUCUAGAAACAGACACCAGACAUUGCAGCACUACUCUAAAGAAGAGAGAGAAAAGGAAGAGAGCAGCUCAGACAAAACUAUAGAUUAGACAAAAACAACAAACAUUUCUGACUCCAAAAGAGAGGGAAGAUAAAAGCAACUUUAAUAUGAAAUGUUAAAGCAGAUGUUGAGCCCAUUUGAAACCUGCUGAAAUCAGUCCCCUCACACUCUUAAGUCAUGAUGUAAGAAACAUUGUUUGUGUCCAAGAAGCUAUAAACUUUAAUUGAGAAUGCUGUCUAAUUUAUAUCACACAUUUAAGCUAAGCUUUUAAAAACGUGCAGUGUACACUACAAUCUCCGGGCUCACAGUGUGCUGGACACCAGUAUUUUAUUUUAUUGUCUAGCCAUCUGAGAUUUUGGUAUGAAGAUAAAGCUUAGGAUCAUGAUUUUUUGUUAGUAUUACAGCACACUGUGAGUGUACUGAAUAUUGGCACCAUUUGUUGUUUGCUUUUGGCAUCUGAUAGAGCUUUUGGACCAGGAAAUGGUGGCGUGUGACGUCAGACUUAACAUUCUAGUUUUGAUCACGUAAGAUUCUUUUACCUGUGAUGUGUGCCUCUAAAAAAGUAAAAUUGUGACAACCUGUAUUGUGAAACCGCACCUUUAAAUAAGUAGCUUUGCCUAUCAGUAUUAAGGUAUUUGUGCAUAAACAUUACCAAACCUGCGCUAGUUUUUCCACCAUCGGGCCGAAAGGUUACCAGAAAGCAAAGAGAAGAUGGCUUGUUGGCAAAACUCGUGAGUCUCCAUGUCACUAAAGCAGUUCUUCAAGCAUGAUUCUCCUGGCCUGAGGACGGUUAGAUAGAUGUGCUGAGAAAUCCACAAAUGGAAUGGUUUGUAUUUGUACUUUGUACUUAACGCGACUCGUACCACAACUGGUAUCACUUACAGCCAUUCAGUCUGAUAAUGGAAAAGUGCUUUAUUUUACAUUUUAGCACUGUAUAUUUGUAUGUGGGAGUAUUUUGCAGUUUUGCAAGUUUUUUUUUUUUUUAAAGCUUAUUAUAUUUCUGUUUAGUUUAACAAACUUCUGAUGCUGUUUUGAUAAUGAACUGGGUCAUUAAGAAAAGGUGCUGAUUGGAGGGCCGCAUGGUGGUUCAGAGGGUAGCAUUGUCGCCUCACAGCAUGAAGGUCACCAGUUUGAGCCUGAGGCCUUUCUGUGUGGAGUUUGCAUGUUCUCUCUGUGUUGCCGUGAGAUUCCUCUUGAUGCUCUGGUUUCCCCCAUAAUCCAAAGUCAUGCAACAUGUUAAUUGGAGCAGCUAAACUGUCUGAAGGUGUGAAUGUGUGGUGGAUUGGCCAUCUGUCCGGCCUGUGGCCCAAGAUGCUGGGAUAGGCCCCAGUAUCCCCACAUCCCUACAGAGGACAAGCGGAUUGAAGAAUGGAUGAAAAUGGUUCCAAUUGGUUUCUUAGGUUUUAACUCGAGGUUUUAAGCCUGAAAUUGAUAGAGCACAGUUCUCUGCUGAAGUAGCAGUGCCCUUCUUCCUGACUGUCUUAAUGGAAGCUUGAAAAGCACAUGCAAACUAAAAGACAAAAUCUUUAGAUUCUGGCUUCAAAAGUCAAAUAUGGCCAUCGAGACUAUUCAUCACACAUGCGAGUGUGGUUGUAGAAUUAAUGUGUUUUUUAAAUUAAAUGAUGCUCUUACCAUAUUUAAAGUAAAUUCAGCUUGUUGUGUGGGGAUGAAUAUUAUGACCUUAUCAGGAUAUUUGAUGUACGUUCCAGGUGUUGCUUACUGUAUUUGUGGUCUCUGCAGGGACUGACAGUACACAAGACUGCAUGAAGUGAGUGGCUGCCAUUUUUACAAUUGGCCAAAGGGUUGUUGUUAAAGAUAUCUGUAAGUAUUAUCACUUAGAAUUAAAGUUUGGCAACACUAUCGGGAAAUGAAUUGUACAUUAUUUUUGUGUCCAUUUUUUAUCUUUAAAAUUACACUGUUGAUACGUGAACCCUCCUUAUGCAGUAUUGUGAAUGUUGUUGGUCAAUGACCUCUCAACCCAGAGCUUCAGAUACGUCUUGUACAUCUGUGAGUUUAGCUCAAGUCUAUAUGUGCAUUGUGUACACGUCAACAAAA